AUGGCUCAUUUCGCCCAAACACUUGGGCUGGUCCUUGGUGUGGCUUCACUUCUCGUCUCUGCAAACCCUCUGCCAACACCUGCCCCAGACCUUAAGAAUGCUGCCCUCCAGAAGCGUGCUAGCUGUACCUUUACUGCAGCAGCUGAUGCUAGCGCUUCGAAGAAGAGCUGUGCAACCAUAGUCCUUGAUGGCAUUACUGUCCCCUCUGGUGUAACACUCGACUUGACGGAUCUCGGGUCAGGGACACAUGCAACUCCUGCUGACUUUUAUCAGGUAACCUUUGAGGGCGAGACGACAUGGGGAUAUGAAGAAUGGUCUGGCCCACUUUUUUCUAUCUCAGGGGAAGAUAUUACUGUAACUGGAGCCUCCGGGCAUUCUCUCAAUGGCAAUGGUGCGAAAUGGUGGGAUGGCAAAGGCGGCAAUGGUGGGAAAACUAAGCCCAAGUUCUUCUACGCUCUAUCUUUGACUGGCACUUCAUCCAUCACCGGCCUCAAUAUCCUGAACACCCCAGUACAAGCCUUCUCAAUCGAUGGCUCAACAGGCCUCACUCUGGCUGAUAUCACCAUUGACAACAGCGCGGGAGACACUAACUCCCUUGCCGCCAACACGGACGCUUUUGAUGUGGGCUCAAGUACAAGCAUCACAAUCUCGGGCGCAAAUGUACAAAAUCAGGACGAUUGUCUGGCUAUAAAUUCAGGAAAGAGCAUAACCUUCACUGGAGGGACUUGCUCGGGCGGCCAUGGCCUUUCGAUCGGCUCUGUAGGAGGUCGAGAUGACAACACUGUCUCAGGUGUCAAUAUUGAAUCUUCCACUAUCAAGAACUCCCAGAAUGGUGUUCGGAUUAAGACCGUCUACGACGCCACAGGUUCCGUUUCUGGUGUAUCCUAUAGAGACAUCACCCUCUCCGGCAUCACGAAAUACGGAAUCAUCAUCGAGCAGGAUUACGAGAAUGGCGGCCCGACUGGAAAUCCGACUACUGGUGUUCCCAUCACCGAUCUUACUCUAGAUGGUAUAACUGGAACCGUCGAGUCUUCCGGAACGAACAUCCAAAUCCUUUGUGGAAGCGGGUCUUGCUCAUCUUGGACUUGGACAGGCGUUUCUGUGACUGGCGGAAAGACAAGCUCUAGUUGUAAGAACGUCCCGUCAGGAGCGUCCUGCUCUUAG